AUGGUUGAGUGUAUGACUGACCAUACUACAGAGCCAGUGGAGAACAUAAACGCGGCUAGUGCACAGUUGCUUAUCCCCACCCAAACACCCCCCUCCUCCUUCCUCCCGCCCCUCCAACGCCCCAUCCAAUGUGGUUUUGCACGUGAAAGUGGCGGAGAAGAGCUGGUGGAGAGCCUGGAUGUGGACAGAUUGGUGUUGGACCCAGUGGUGACGGUGAGGAAAAGCCGGGAUGUGGCUAGCGGGGUACAUGUUUCCCUGCAUCCCCAGACUCCCAACUUCCUCAAUCCCCCUCCCCCCACGCAGGUGGUGUUGGACAUGGCAGGCGCGGUGAAGAAGCUGGUGGUGUUGGACGUGGCGGGCGCGGUAAAGGAGAUUGUUGAGAAUAAUCUGGACGCGGGGGCAACGAGUGUGGAGGUGCGCUUCAAAGACUUCGUGCAGUUGAUGCACAGGUUGGACGCGGGGGCGGCGGGCGUGGAGGUGCGCCUCAAGGACUUUGGCGCGGAGCUCAUUGAGGUGGCGGAUAACGGCUGCAGGGUCUUGCCCCCCAACUGGCAGGUGAUGCCUGUGCUGCGUACGCAGCAGUGA